GAGAAGUGCAAUAGCAUCUGGAGAUAUCAAAAUCAAAGCGGAUCACAAAACUACCAUGGCAUCUGGAAAUCUCAAAAUCAACGCAGAGAGGCUCAAUGCCACGCUCCAAGAUACAUGCACGCAAUAUGGCGCUCUUGCAGCUCCUUCAACAGGCAUGUGUCGUCUCACGCUCACACCAGAAGACCAAGCUGCAAGGGACUGGCUAGUCGCCGAAUGCAAGAGCCUGGGAUGCGACGUCAAGAUUGAUCAAAUGGGAAACAUCUUCGCCAUACGUGCGGGCACGGCAAACGACAAGAAGCCAAUUGGCAUGGGCAGCCAUAUGGACACGCAACCCGCAGGCGGGAGAUACGACGGGAUUCUCGGGGUGCAAGCUGGACUCGAAGUCCUGCGAACGCUGCAUGAAAACAACAUCUCGACUCACUGCCCCGUUGCACUCAUCAACUGGACCAACGAAGAAGGCGCCCGCUUCCCCGGCGCAAUGAUGGCGUCUGGCGUCUGGAGCCAGCACUCGUCGACGCCACUGUCAGCCUGCUGGGCUACACGCGACAGUGCCGGUAUCGCCCUCAAAGACGCCCUACAGCAAACAGGGUACCUAGGCUCAACACCCUGCUCACAUGCUGAAAACAGCCUCGAAGCACACUUUGAACUGCACAUUGAACAGGGCCCGCUGUUGGAGCAAGCCGGCAAAACAAUUGGGGUUGUUGAAAGCGUCCAAGCAAUGCAAUGGUACAGCAUCCGCGUCUCGGGCACAGAAGCUCAUUCCGGGACGACGCCCAUGGCCGACAGAGCAGACGCCCUUGUUACGGCUUCGCGCCUCAUCACUGCCGUCCGCGACACGGCACUCAGCUCGGGCCUAGGCGUUGCUACCGUCGGCGUGAUAACCAGCGAUACAGCGUCCCAAGCCACGAUCCCCGGCGGCGUCACCUUCAUCAUCGACAUCCGCUGUCUCAGCGACCAUCUGGUAUCCCAGCUCUCCACCGCCAUCUUCACCGCCUUCGACGCCAUCAUCGCCCAAGAGCAAAACCACACUACAUACACCAUCCAGCGCACCUGGGGGCUCCCCGAAUCCAAAUUCCACACCACCUGCAUCGAUGCCGUGCACAACGCCGCCGUUGCCUGUGUGGGUGAACACCACGUUAUGCGCAUCAAGAGCAGAGCGGGACACGAUAGUGCGUGGACUAGUCGCGUCGUCCCGACUUGUAUGAUUUUUGUGCCGAGUAAAGGGGGUGUUAGUCAUAAUCCCGACGAGUAUACGCGUCCCGAGCAUUGUGCGGUUGGCGCGCAGGUGCUGCUGGAUGCUGUGUUGGGGUAUGAUGGGGUUGUGGCGAGGGGGGAGUAG